AGAAGAACGAGUAUUACGGGACGCUGUGAUUGGUCUGUUGGACCUGUCGUCACUCAUGCAGAGUUCUGAUUGGCCACUGCAGUAGAACCGGCCCUAAGCCGACGCAUGGGAAAUCCUGUUUGAAAAAAGUGAGGGGGAAAAACGAACGGAAUUUAAACCGAUUUAGGUUUAACAGGUUAGUUAGCGGGUUAGUUAGCGGGUUAGUUAGCGGGUUAGUUAGCGGGUUAGUUAGCGGGAUAGUGAUGUUUACACCGGAUUGAUUUAACUUGGUUUUACUACAUCUGGUUAAAGUGAACUAAUCCAGGGUCAAUGAAUCAGUGUCACACGCUGACGAAGCUGGUGAAGAUGGUUGUUGUUACUUCCGUGUGAUGGACGUGGAGAUCUUGGAGUUCGUGGUUCCUGUGGAGAACAAUAAGACUCUGUUUGUCUGGAACAUUCAGUCCCUUCUCACGGAGGCUCAGAUCUAUGACAGAUUGUUUGGUGUCUUCUCGUCUUUCGGGCCUCUCUACCUGUUGAAGGUGCGUCCUAACGCUCCCCUCCAGCCCUCCGCUUUCUCUGCCAUUGUCAAGUUUUUCUCGGCUUCUCAUUCGUCGAAGGCUCAACGACAGACUGAUGGACGCUUGCUGUUCCAGGACAUCCCACUCAAGGUGAGGCUGAGCUCCAAACACACCCCUCACUUCCUGUCUGAAAGCAGAAGACCUUUGAGUCACGCCCGCUGCCUGGAACUGGCCAAUCACUGCCUGGGAUUCAAUGGCUGGACCUAUGACAUCAUCACAUUGGAGGAGCUGAGCGAUGAAGGAGAGGAGGAUGGAGCAGGUGGUGAGGAGGGAGGAGUGAGGAGCCUGAGGUUUGGCUGCUUGCUGCAGCUCAACUUCCCCCGUCACGGACACACAACCAGAGGAGCAGCUGUGGUCAACGACAGCUUCACCUGCACAGGCCCAGAUGUUUUGCUACUCAAACGUUGUAAACUCCAGAAGUUGGUCAGAGACAAAGCUCUGGUUCAGGCAUUCAACACAGUCCUGCUCAUUCUACUUGAAAAUGGUAAAGUGAUGGUGGAGGUGAAACAGACGUCGGAUCAGAUUUUACAUGAGAAGAUCGAAGGAGUCAUUCAUGUCAGUGAGACAUGCAUGAUAUAUGUCUAUAAUAUAACACCAACACAUCAAAAUGAAUAUAUAUAUGUACAAUCUAUAUAUAUAUAUGAAUUAUAAUACUAUAGACUAGACAUACAUUUUCAUGUAACACAGACAUUUACAACCAGAGCAAAUGUAAUUUUGUUUUUCAGGUGAAUGAGUUUGAUCUCGAUGAAGAUGAGGGUGAAGAUGAAGAAUGGGAUCUGACUGUAUCUUAGACUCCCAGAGGAUUCUGGGUAGUGGUGCAUUAUGGGAAACAUUACAGCAUCUAAUAAAGAUUUAAAUCAA